CUCGCCGGCAGCUAAAUGAUGCGGAUCCAUUGCCCCUUAGCUCCCACUUUUGCUCGCAGCGGCUGGUUGUCAAACUCGGGCAGGUUAAGCCGCUACCAAAUGACUCAUACAGUUGUUAUGUUUAAGAAAUGCGCAUGACAGCACCAUAAUGACUGAUGUAGACGAAAAACAUAUUUCCGUGUCUCCCUCAGGCCUUGUUGUUGUUUAGUCGGUUGCUAUCCGUGAUUUUUGGUAUCAGCCGCUCGGAGCGGGUUUAACUCGUUUUUCACAAGGACGAAGGUCGAUGUCUUUUAAUGGAGGAUUUGUGCACAUAGCAGUGAAGACGAUUUACGAGUGGACAAAGAGAGAACAGUGGAGGUACAUUCUAGGCUUCUUUGCCAUGGGGAACUCCUGCAGUAAUCAUCUGGGGAUCCCUCCUGCGAAGGGCCCCAACCAAGUGGGCUGCACCGACUUUAUGAUGGACCACACUGCCCAGGGCAGCUUCUUCAGACUUUACUAUCCCUGCCAGGAGACGGAAAAAGCCGAGAAGCCCGACUGGGUCCCGAGCAUGGAGUACUUUUACGGCCUGGCGGACUUCAUGAAAAUCAACAGGACCUUGAGUGAAAAGAUUUUUGAAUACCUUUUUGGCUCCUAUAAGAUCCCAGCCUACAUGGAUGCUCCAUUUAAAUCCAAUGAAAAGUGUCCCGUGGUCAUUUUCUCCCACGGCCUCGGUGCCUUCAGGACUUUGUAUUCAGCUAUUUGUGCAGAGCUGGCCUCUCGGGGCUUCAUUGUGGCAUCCGUGGAACACAGAGAUGAGUCAGCCUCGGCUACAUUUUACUUCCAUGAGAAGACAGAACCCGACCUGACCCAGGAGAGCUUGUCCAAAACAUCAUCGGCUGCAGUCCAAGACGACCUGGUGAAGGAGUGGAUCUACUACAGAACUCUGAAGCGCGGCGAGAGGGAAUUCCCCCUCAGGAACAAGCAGGUGAAACAACGAGCAGAUGAGUGCAUCCUGGCUCUGGAUAAACUCACCGAGAUCAACUCUGGAGUAGCGGUGCAGAAUGUUCUGCAGACACAGUUUGACUGGACAACACUGGAGAACUCCAUGGACCUGUGUAGGACAGCAGUGAUGGGACAUUCCUUUGGUGGAGCAACUGUUAUUGAAGCCCUGUGCAAAGAGGUUAAAUUCAAGUGCGGAGUAGCUCUAGACGCCUGGAUGUUUCCUUUAGAUGAUGAGGUCUUUCCUCGGGUGAAGCAGCCCAUUUUCUUCAUUAACUCUGAGAAGUUCCAGUGGGCUGGAAACAUCAGCCGCAUGAAGAAGUUGGACUCUGAAGUUGUACAGCGGAAAAUGAUCACAAUCAGAGGCACAGUUCACCAGAGCUUUCCAGACUUUACCUUCCUGACAGGGAACUGGAUCGGGAAGCUAUUGAAGCUUAAAGGAGAGAUCGAUCCAGAGCUAGCCAUAGACCUCUCCAACAAAGCAACUUUGGCCUUUCUGCAACGCCAUCUCGGUCUGGAGAAGCACUUUAAUCAGUGGGACCCUCUGAUUGAUGGGCAAGAUGAAAACCUCAUCCCAGGAACUAAUGUAAUUGUGCUCCAGUCUGCUAUCUGAACAUCCACUGUGCCUCAAAGGUCGCAGGCACAUCCAGAUGGAGGCCUGCUCUCGCCUUGCGCUCCAGAAUCAUUCCAACAAGUUACUCUGAAACAGACUGAGGAUAACUUGUUGGAUUAUUAGUGGAGAGAAAAAGCCGGUCUACCUCAUACGCAGGAAGGAGAAAAGCACCAAGUAUACUGCUGAUGGUAUCAAGAGGUCUCCAUGUACAAAGGACUUCCUUUCACCAUUGUUGAAAUCUUUCAGCAGCAGUUUCACAAGGUUUCAUUUUUGUAUAGUAAAAGCCAAGUAUUUGAAGUAAUUCCUGCGCAGCUCAGAUUUUACAACUGCUGUGAUUAGGUUCCAAGAGCUUCAAUAAUAAUCAUGUGAUACAAGCUGAUUUUUAAUUAGUAGCUUAGCCAAAUAUAAAGCCUCACUUCAGGCGUUAAAACACUAAAGCCUGCAGUAAGAUCCUAUGUGAUGCAGGCUGAUAUGAUUCAUCAUUGCUAACUAGCAUCUCUAUACUAUCUACGUGUUUUAAACGAGUCUAAUAAAUCUGGUUUUUACACAAA